AUGCGAGCUUCCGCCACGUCGCCGCCGUCGCGCUUCGCCGCGCCCGGCGCGGCGCGCCUUCGCGCGCGCGCGCCGCGCCGCGCCGCCGCCGCCGCCGCCUCCCGCGGCGUCGCGCGCGCGGCCAUCGAACCGCCAGCCGCGAAGAAAGAAGAGAAAGCGUCGUCGACGUCGCGCGCGUCGUCCGUCGUCCCGAAGUGGGGGCUCCCGCGCGACCCGCUCCCGGCGGGGCCAUCGCCGCCGCCGUCCGGCACGUGGGGGCCGUCCGCGCAGACGAUCGACGACUGGCGCUCCAUCUACCGCAACACGUCGCUGAGCACGACGGACGGCUCCGCGCCGCGAUCGAUCGACGUCGCGAACGUCGUCGGCGAGAUCCCGACGGACCUGAACGGCACGCUCUUCCGCAACGGGCCGGGGCUUCUCGAGAUCUUCGGGAAGAAGCUCAACCAGUUCUUCGACGGCGACGGGCUGGUGUAUUCCAUCGCGUUCGAGGACGGGAAGCCGCUGACGUUCAAGCACAACUUCGUGGGCACGAAGGGCUUCGUGGACGAGCAAGCCGCGCGAAAGAUGCUCUACAAGGGCGCGUUCGCGAUCGGCAACCCGAAGGGCGACGCGUUCUACAACCCGUUCGACUUCGACGUGAAGAACGUCGCGAACACCGGCGUCGUGGACUGGGCCGGGGAGCUGUACGCGCUGUGGGAGGGAGGGAAACCGCACAAGAUGGACCCGACGACGCUGCGGACGACGGCGACGGAGGUGGACGCCGUGCUCGGCGCGGCGCUCGAGGUGCCGCAGAUGGCGGCGCACUACCGCGUGACGGACGCGGACGACGAGUCGAAGAAGCGACUGAUCGCGUUCUCGAUCGAAUCGCAGGCUGAGUUCAUGCAGCCGAACAAGUGCGCGUUCUACGAGUGGGACGCGAGCGGGAAGCAGGCGAAGCGAGAGACGUUUGGGGUCCCCGACGCGACGUUCGGGAUGUUCCACGAUUGCCUCGUGACCGAAAACUGGUACAUGCUGCUUCAGAACCCCACCGCGCUGGACCCGAAGAAGCUGCUCACGGAGUACAUGUUCGCAAAGUGCGCGCUCGCGGAGGUGAUCGCGUUCCAGGACGGGAAGAGCGCGACGCUUCACAUGCUUCCGAGAACGGAGGCGGCGCGGAAGAUUGGCCAAAAAGCCAUCCCGGUGGACAACCAAUUCUUCUUUCACCACGUCAACGCGUUCGAGCCGAGCGACGGCGACGCCUCGAAGGUCGUCUUCGACUCCGCGCCGUGGUCGUUCAUGGACUUCUCCAUGAACCUGGACUCCGUCACGCCGGCGUUUUACAACGGCGGGUCCCGGGUCGAGUACACGCGCUUCGAGGUGGACGUCCGGAUGGAGACGUCGUCGCAGGCGAGUCUGAGCAACCGCGUGAUGGAGUUUCCGCAGGCGCGUUCUAUCUUACACUGGUUCCCAUACGACCGCUACAACUACGUCUACGCCGCGGGCGCGGCGGUGAAGGACGACGUCAUGUGGGGCCCGAACCAGUGCCUCGUGAAGUUUAACACCGCUCCCGAGGUGGGCGCCAAAGCGGAAGAGAGCGUGUGGUACUUCGGCGAGCGGUGUUUCAUGCAAGAGCCGAUUUUCGCGCGCAAGCCCACGGGCGUCGACGAGGACGACGGAUACGUGCUCGUGGUCGUAAACGACGCGGGGAGGGACAAAUCGGAUCUGCACGUGUUCGACGCGAAGAAGAUAGAAGAUGGUCCGGUCGCGACGGUCACGCUGGAAGAUCAUCUACCCCCCGGGCUGCACGGGUACUGGAGCGACGUCGUGCACGCGUGA